UGGAUCAGUCACAUCCUGCCUGAUUAAUGCUCUAAAAAUAGCAUUGCCUGAGGGUGGCCGGCUUUCAAUUUCCCUGAAAAUCUGGGACUGGUUUAGGGACGACGACUUCACACGUCCGACUGACUCCUCUCCGACUUCUUAAGUCCGUCCUGGAGGGAAAUGGUGAGAAGAACUCCUGAGGACACGUCACGGCUCUGACCCACUUAUCGGUCUUUACUCGCUGAGGCAGAGAACUUUGGACUGGUCGUUUUCUUUGCUCCGUGGUCCAUCCCAGAACCGUUUCUUGGAUCAGUCACUUCCUGCCUGAUUAAUGCUCUAAAAAUAGCAUCGCCUGAGGGUGGCCGGCUUUCAAUUUCCCUGAAAAUAGCUCCGAGUGAUAUCAAAGCGUGCGCCUCAGAUACCUGUCCUACAUUUCCCAGAGCUUGACAAAGGUCCGUAGCUCAUGAACAACUUCCCUUCCUUCUCCUCGCCGCCCCCAAACGCACCAACCAUCCAGCCGGUGUGCAAACCCUGCCUCCGGGCCCCGUGGAGGAUGAGCGAUGGGCCCACGCUCGACUACGAGUUGCUGCUGUCCCCGGCCGGCUCCUCCUUCCUCCCCGGCGGCGGCGGCGGCAGCAGCAGCAGCAACCCGCCCCUGGUCUCGGUCGGGGUGGACAGCGAGCAGUGCACCGCCUUUGCCUUCGUGGGCCUCCUUAUGCUCUUCCUGGUCUUCCUGCUGGUCAGGUGCUUCAGGAUCCUGCUGGACCCCUACAGUCGCAUGCCCGCAUCAUCCUGGACUGACCACAAGGAGGGGCUGGAGAGGGGUCAGUUUGAUUACGCCCUGGUGUGAAGGCGGGGUGGCUCCGACUUGGCGCGCCGACCCCGUCUAGACGAUGACGCGUUAGUCUGUGGAGACCGGCAGGACCACAACAAGCCAAUAUAACGAAGCGGCCUUAAAUCUGACCUGCUGGACGAGCACACAACAUGAUCGCGAAGUCAACUGUUCAUCAAACUAAAAAUAGUCCCGCUGGAACCCAGCCAGCCUCUUUUCCACUUCGCCGGUCCUCACA